UCAGGCCAGGCUAUCAUUUGAACGGUAUAAAAAGAUGAUCGUCUUUUUGCAUUCCCUCAUUUCGAAAGUAGUGUAUUAGGUCAUAAAGUGAGUAGAUAUGCUAGGAAAGCAUUCUAUAUUGUUUUUCGUGGCAUAUCUGCUGAAGUGCGCACAUGGUCUUCGUGUCAAUUUGACCACGUUCGCCAACUGCCAGGAUGUGACACUGGAUUACGACAAAGUUCCGGUCGCGUUGACCAAGGUUUCGUACGACCGGGAUGCCGAUGGCGUCUGUAAUACCCUACAUGCCGAGUAUGAAAUCCGAAAGAGCAGUGAGGAUGUCGAGUUUGAAUUAGUGCUCACCACGUACAAGUGUCCGCUGGGAAGUACCGCUAUUUGCUUGGACAAUCCGAAGGAGUAUAUCGAACCGAUGCAUUGCGACCGAUUCCACUCGGACGAUAGUGGGCCGUGGUUUAUGUUGGCUAGUUCCAUGACCAAUGGAGAUAAAUGUGGACGACACGAGGGCGUUUUCAACUUAGACGCGGCUGUCCUAAAGAUAAACUACCUCCACAGUUACGUCGAAAUGGGCAAGGGUACGUACCGGGUGCGUAUGCUGUUCCACGUCCCUGGUACCGACUUGGCGGAGAAGAACGUGAAAGGAUGCUGCGAAAUGGAUUUCGAUGUAAUCGAUGAUUGAAUAAAAAGCAGUUUGUUCUUCUACGAACUGCAUAAUAUCAUGAUGACCCAAUGGCGAUCGUUCCCUCGGACUUUCUUCUAGAUCAGUAUUGCAGUAACAAUUACCAUAACUAAUAUAGCUUAGAAAUCACUUAAUACAAACAAGUAAAACAGCAGCGACAUGAAUACAUAAA